CGGCGGUGUGCAUUAAUGCUGAGUGCCGGCAGCCGCGGACCAGCCGAGCCCUUCCUCCCGCCGGGCGCAGGCGGCGAGGAUGAGCCAGAGAGACACCCUGGUGCACCUGUUCGCGGGCGGAUGUGGAGGUACUGUUGGUGCAAUUCUGACAUGUCCACUGGAAGUUGUGAAAACACGAUUGCAGUCCUCCUCUGUGACUCUCUACGUCUCUGAAGUCCAUCUCAACACUGUGAAUGGUGCUACCGUCAAUCGAGUAACUAGAGUUUCUCCUGGGCCUCUCCACUGUUUGAAGAUGAUCUUACAAAAGGAAGGUCCUCGUUCCCUAUUCAGAGGGCUGGGUCCUAAUCUAGUGGGUGUUGCUCCUUCCAGAGCAAUAUAUUUUGCUGCCUACUCAAACUGCAAGGAAAAGUUGAACAGUAUUUUCAGGCCAGAUUCUACCCAGGUACACAUGAUUUCAGCUGGCGUGGCAGGUUUUACUGCGAUCACAACAACUAAUCCCAUUUGGCUAGUAAAGACACGAUUACAGCUUGAUGCAAGGAAUCGGGGAGAAAAGCGAAUGAGUGCUUUUGAAUGUGUCCAAAAAGUUUAUCGCUCAGAUGGUAUUAAAGGCUUUUACAGAGGAAUGUCAGCAUCCUACGCAGGCAUAUCUGAGACUGUUAUUCAUUUUGUUAUUUAUGAGAGUAUUAAGAGAAAACUACUGGAGUGUAAGACUGCCUCUGCCAUGGACAAUGAGGAUGAAUCAGCAAAAGAGGCUUCGGACUUUGUUGGCAUGAUGAUGGCUGCUGCCACUUCCAAAACUUGUGCAACAUCAAUAGCAUAUCCUCAUGAGGUUGUACGAACAAGACUAAGAGAAGAGGGAACAAAAUACAGAUCUUUUUUCCAGACACUAUCUUUGCUUGUGCAAGAAGAAGGGUAUGGCUCCCUCUACAGAGGCUUAACUACGCAUCUGAUCAGACAGAUUCCAAACACGGCUAUCAUGAUGUCAACCUAUGAAGUGGUAGUCUACUUGCUCGAUGGAUAGCAAUGCGACAAGUCUUCCUAGAGGAAGGUGGAAGAUGGAGACAUUGGAGUGGACCACUGAAUGUCAAUGCCAGUGUGGUGGGCAAAGGAAAGAUGUAUCAGGAACAUGCAGCUAUGGACAAAACAGAAGGCUGAUUGUGGGCAAAUCUGAAUAAGCUUGCUGCCUUAUUGUAUGGUCUCUUGACAGUGUGAUAAAUGGGAGCUGCUCCUUAGAGAAUACCUUUAUACAUUGCUAAUUAAAAGUUGUUGCUUUGUUUUCACAUGUUAAUCCAGGCAAGGCUGUUAGGUCAUCUUUAGACACCUAAUCGGUGAGGGAGGGAGUGUAAAAUUUGGUAUUGGGCAGCCUUAUUCACUUCCCUUAGUGAUUGCUCUCAACUGUCCUUUUUUUGUUCUGUUUUACUGCACAGUAACCUGUGGCCGAAUGGGAAAGACAGUGCUCUCAUACCUUUCCAUACCCAAAAUGGCCAUUCAGUUGCUCUGAAGACUCAUAGAGAGAUAGUAGUGAAUGUGUAAAGUUUUCCAUGUUGCUUUCUCAAGACAAAAUAUGGCACAGGGAAACAGAACAGUGAUUUCUUCACUAUUAGAAGUGGUACUUGGUGGUUUGUUUGGGGUUUGACUUUUUGUUUAGUCUUGGCUUUUGUUUUUCAGGGGGUUUUAAUUUUUGUUGUGUUUUAAGUUUGAACAGUGUUGUAUGUUACUGAGAGAGGAUUCUAUUGUUAAUCUCCUCAGGUUAUCAAGCUGUUGAUAUUGGUGUUUGUAGGUUCCUACUACAUCACCUUCUCUCUUCUGGAACUUAACCUUCCUGAAAUAAGAGAGAUGUAUGAAGGGUUUUCCUUGCCAACCUGUCAGGUCCCUCACACAGCUGAGUAGGAACUUGCUGAAUGCCACUUUAGAGCCUUUUCAAGGGUUUGUAAUGUGAUGAUAAAUCUCAGGUGGUCCAGCCUACUAUUUGUGAAGAGAGGUUUCACAAAUGGUAUUACCCUAAAAUGUCUGGCAAAUCCUGACUUGAAUUACCAGUGUUUAUACGGGAGUACAGGGGUAGAACACGUAUCACUUUGGCUCAGGUGACCAGAAGGCAGAAAAUAGUUGAAAGUGGGAUACAUCAUUUUCAGUGCAGCAGUGGAGAAAAUUGUAAUUAAGACUAUUGGAAGCAUUCUGCUAGAUAACUGCUAUAUCACUUCUUCCAACUAGAACCUAUAUACUGAACAGCAGUAUAACCUUGUCCUCCAAAUUGUCUGAAUAUAAAGGCAAUGGUCUUGCUCAGUAAGACAGUUGCAGAACAAUGUCACAUUCAGCAGUGAUGCUUAGCUAGUUUGUUCUGUCAUAACUUGCAGAGUUUUCUGAAACCAUACAGCUGGAGUGUCAAAAUCAGAACUUUAAUGUUACAAGAACUUCUACAGUGUUUCAAAGAGAUACCUUUUAUCUGCACCUUGAUUGCUUCUCAGUCUGAGUCCAUGAUCCUUAUGAGGAAGGGUUUUCAUUAUACUUUGGGGGCAAUAGCUUUCUACAUAUAAAUGCUGCUAUACUCGUGUGGGCAGAACUGUGCUAUCAACUCUUCCAGUGUGGUACUUCAGUACAUUUAAACUGUGCAUUGUGUGCAAUGGCUUUAUUUUAUGAAUGACUCCUUAUGUACUUUGUGGCCUUCUUAUGGAUUAUGACUUUUCUUCCUCUUUUGGGAUACCUGUAGUCAAACUGUGUCCAAAAUACACGGUUUGGCUUUAAACAAAGCAUGUAGUUAGAUUUCUGUGUAAUCUGUGCAGGAUAAAACACGUUAUACUGUAGAUGCAUAUCAUCUCUGCUGUAGUUCUGUAGGCUGCAUGUAAAAGCUCAAAGCUUACAGAACAGUUUGUCUGGGUUUUUCUAAUUUGUGUUUGUUUAUUUUGACCCUUGUCAUGUUCUCCACAGUGUCAAAGUGUUUGAGUAUUUAAUGUAAUUCUCUGUACUAUUUGCUUUUUCUUCUGAAAGCCACCUAAAGUAUUACAGUGGAGGCUUAGCUGUAUUGACUUCCUUCUCCUUAAAAAAUACUCCCUAGCCUUUUUAAAAGCAGAUAGCCUGGUCUGUGAUGAGAGCAAAGAUGAACUUGAUUGUUUUGAAGUGAGGGGAGUGCUUAAAUGUCUGAAGUGGGCUUUUUCUAGUGAGCUCUCUAGGAAAAGCCUGGAGUAUUCAUGACUUGCUCCAAGUCUUGCUGUGAUGCCAUUGUUCAGAUAAUUCUUGUUUUGUAGGAAGUGAAUUACUCUUCAGGCAGUCCAGAUUACUCAGUCAUAGCCAAAGUUUAAAUUGGCAAAGAUGAGUUUGGAGGUCAUGAAUACAGUUAACACUUGGAUUAGCCGAUGCUUCAUGGAGUUACUCUCCUGUUUUAUUGGAUACAUUGUCCCUUGGUUACAUGUUUGUAUCCUGUUUAUUCACUGGGUACUUUGUGUGUGCCUUGCUUGGGUGAGAAAGCCCCUCUGCAGUUGGUAAAUAGAAAAUGUUAAGAAAGACAAUUGAGUAUGGUAGGUGACAGCUAAAACCAGACAAUCAGCUGCUUCUUCUGCCUUUUUAAUGGGUUUUUAAGCAGUUUUAAACUUCUAGAAUUAUCUUUUAGGCUUGCUUUACAUAAUAAAACUUCAAGAUUCACAGGAUGGUUUUUGGUAGUUUUAAACUACCAGUACAUGCAAAGUUCUCCCUGAAAUAUUUCCCAAAGAUUUUAAGUACUUAUAUAGUUUUUCGUUAUAUUAAAAGCUGAAAGGGAGUAAGAUGAUGCUACAUAACCUGUUAACUACAGAGCUAAAGGAGUGCAUUUAAACUUUCUUGUCACUUAGAUGGCCAUCUUGAUUUAUGUUUGAAUGUAGUGUAUCUAUGUCACACUUUGCUGUGCUACCGGCAAUGAUCUUGGAUUUAUGGAAAGCCUCAGUAGUUGAAUUAGUUUCCUCUUAUUUCCCUUGCCUAGAUGAAAUGUAAAUGUUGAUGUAGGCUCUUAAUUUUGACUCGGCAACACCACUGCGGUUGCAGUUUCCCGUUUCAGCCAGAAGAUGGCACUGGAGCAUGCAUUUGUCUACCAGGGCUUGUACCCCAUAAUGCCAUACCGGGUGGACAUGGCAACGUGGCCUGAGUUUGGAGAGCCAUCAAAAAAAAAAAAAAUAUAUAUUUCAGUGAAUGCAGACACACUUCUCAGCCUCAAUAUUAUCUAUUUGGUCCCUGUAGAGCUGUGUGAAAAUCGUGUUGCAGAGGCUGAGCCCAGCCUUUAAACUAACAGAUAACGCUGUUUCUGUCUGAAUUCCUAAUCAGCUAGCCUAUAUUGUUUUACACUUGGGGUUUAGGGAGUUUUUGGGUUAUUUUAAUUGUAACUGAAAUGUCAAGCUGUGUGCUUGUAUACUGACAUUGCACCUAUCUUGUUCCCUGUUUACAUAAUGCACUCCAUAUAUUUCCGUUCUGAUCGCAGUUGUUGAUGACAGUUUCUGCUAUUCUGUUUUCGUUCUCAUAAUGACAUUUGUAACAUUCCUCAAAAUGUAACAUUAUAAAAGGAUGCUUCCAGAGACAAAAGGUUGGAGAGCCUUUUUAAGUGUUGCUUCCUGUUUAAACUGUUGGGAAAACCAAGCUGAAUGCUGAAGUGUGCUUAGGUAAAUGUAUUGCUUCUUCCAACCUUGUCUGUUAAGAUUUAGUUAAUGUAAGUUUUCAGCUCCUCUAUUUAAGAGUCUGCCUACCCUGCAUAUGUGAACAUAACUGUGCCCUCAGAGUCAUAGCUAAACUCUCACAAAUGACAGUUUUGGAGUACUUCGGUGCUCAUGUGAGGUUUGCUAUUAUUAUAUCAAUGUAGUUGGCUGUAAAUUAUGUGCAUUUACUCUGUAUUUAUAUGGUUAACUUUUUUUUUGUUCAGAUUGCUUUAAAACUCAAAGCAAAUUAAAAUUAUGUGCUUCUGUU